GUGACUCCCUCCCAAGUGGCCCCUCCCGGGAGCAAGGUGUGAUCCGAUGUCCGUAUGUCGCAAAAUAAAUACAGGAAUUUAUGGUGUCAUCUGCUUCAUUUAUUUAUUACAGAAACAGCGAGUAUGGCUCCAACAACACCGCAAAUCAUUACAUGCAAAGGUGCUGUGUGGUGGGGCGGCGGAGAAAACGAUGUGAGGGUGGAAGACAUACAAGUCGAUCCUCCCAAAGCGACCGAAGUUCGAGUGAAGGUGCUCUGUGCUAGCAUCUGCCACACCGACAUCGUUUGGGCCAGAGGAUUUCCCAUCCCUUUGGCUCCUCGAGUAUUAGGGCAUGAAGGAGUUGGCAUUGUCGAGAGCAUUGGGGAGAAAGUAACAGAUCUAAAAGUAGGCGAUGUUGUGAUUCCCACAUAUGUUGGUGAAUGUCAAGAAUGUGAGAACUGCAUUUCAAGGGAAUCCAACUUUUGCCUGAAAUACCCUAUGAGAAUAAAUGGUCUAAUGAUGGAUAACACAUCAAGGAUGUCCAUAAGGGAUCAAAAGAUAUUCCAUCUCUUUAGUUGUUCUACAUUUGCAGAGUACAUGGUCACUGAAACAAACUACCUUGUCAAAGUUGAUCCGGAUAUCGACCCGGCCAAUGCUAGCUUCAUCUCUUGUGGGUUCUCAACUGGUUUUGGAGCUGUUUGGAAGGAAGCCAAGGUUGAAAGUGGAUCAUCUGUCGCUGUUUUUGGCCUCGGUGCUGUUGGAUUAGGGGCUAUAAGCGCAGCCAAAAUAAUGGGGGCAACUAAGAUAAUUGGGAUUGACAAAAAUGAGAUGAAGAAAGUAAAAGGAGAAGCUUUUGGAAUGACAGAUUUUAUCAAUCCUGAUGCAUCUGACAAACCAUCUUCAGAGUUGGUGAAGGAAUUGAGUGGUGGAAUGGGUGUGGAUUAUUCCUUUGAGUGCACUGGAGUUAUCCCCUUGGUUUCUCAAGCCCUGCAAGCCACAAAAUUGGGAAAGGGAAAGACAAUAGCAAUUGGUUCAGUAACUGAAGAAUUUGUGCCCAUCAACUUUCGUUCUAUCUUACUUGGGCGAACUUUAAAAGGUUCCCUUUUUGGAGGACUAAAGCCCCAAUCUGACCUGCCUUUCAUAAUUGACAAAUGCCUCAAGAAGGAGUUCCCUCUUCGUGAACUGCUAACUCAUGAAGUGCCCUUGACAGAUAUAGACAAAGCUUUGGAGCUAUUAGGAAAACCAGAUUGUAUCAAAGUUGUCAUUAGGAUGUGAAUAUGAUGUUGUUGUAAAUUGUUUGCAAGUCUCCCAGCAAAUUGCCUGUCCUUGUAUCGUGGUUUUCAGGUUUUAAUCCAGCAGAACUUCGGAUGAUUAGCUAUAAAGUUUUAAUCAAUCCUUUCCAAUAAUAACAAUAAUAGCUCAAUUUAUAA